UGAUCUUCAAUGGCAAACCCCCCAACGCCCUAAGCUUCCCGCCAAGACCAAGACCAAAUUACCAAAACAAACCGUGGCCUUGACUCCUUGAGCGGUUGUUGCCGUCUUGAUCAUGUCCUGCGCGCACCUGGGAACUGUCCUGAUAGGCGGAGGCACGGGCUUCAUCGGCACGGCCCUCGCCAACAGCCUGCGUCGCCGUGGCUACGAGGUGGUACUGGUUUCCAGGAAGCCGGGGCUCUACAGGCUAAGCUGGAGUGACUUGAAUAGGGAUGGUCUCCCAGAAUCCACCACUGCUGUUGUCAGUCUCGCUGGACAGAAUGUUUUGGACCCACUCAGGAGAUGGACCGAAGGAUUCAAACAAAACGUCUGGGCAUCACGCGUCAACACAACCACAUACUUAGCUGAUGCUAUAAAAGAUGCAAAAGUCAAACCCAAAGUCUUUGUGUCAACCUCAGGAGUGGGCUAUUACCCACCUGGCCAAAAGGAGACGUUCAACGAGGACGGCCCAGGAGGUGAUUUUGACUUCCUGUCCCGUCUGUGCACUGACUGGGAGGCCGCAGCCACCCUGCCAGACACCCUUGACGUGCGCACCGUCAAGAUCAGAACAGGUGUGGUGCUGGGCCGACAAGGAGGGAUGAUCCAGCAGCUUUUCCUGCCCUUCUACUUGGGUGUGGGAGGCCCGGUUGGCAGCGGUGACCAAUACAUGCCUUGGAUUCACCUUCAUGACAUUGUUGGACUUUUCAUCCAUGCAAUUGAAAAAGAAAAUGUGGAAGGAGUUAUAAAUGGUGUUGCACCACAGAUUAUAACAAAUAAAGAAUUUGCCAAAGCUUUUGGGCAGGCUUUGUGGAGACCAUCUUUUAUGCCUUUGCCAACAUUUGCUGUGAACAUGCUCUUUGGUGGGGAAAGAGCCAAGAUCAUGACCGAGGGACAGAAAGUUUGGCCCAAGAAAGCCCUGGAUGCUGGCUAUACAUUUAAAUACCCAGAUAUUGCCUCUGCUGCUAAGGAAUUCUCAAGACUGAUUUAUGCAGAUGAUGAACUUUUAUAGCUCUGAACUAAAAUUAUUUAGUAAAAAAAUAGAUACUCUUUAUUCUCUAUACUGUAGUUCUCCGUUUUAGGAAGAAUAAUAGCUUAAAUUAUGUUAUUAAAGUCAUGUACCAGUUCAGAAACAUACAUGAAGCCAGAUUUUCAUCAUGCCACAGGUGAAAGGAGAUGACUGCUGUGACUUGAUCAGUCUAAUGUACUUUAAGGCAGCAAUACAUUACCAGUUUCAUUAAUGCUAUCUCUAUCUACAGGAGAGUGAACCAUGUGCAUUAUACAUUUGCUGUCUUUCCCUUGUGUAUUUUCAAGGGUUUCUCAGAAGAAUGCAAUUACAGACCAUCAAGUGUCAGGCACCGGUGUAUAUAGAAUUAACUUACAGAAAAGCAAUGGGGUGGUGUACUUUUCUUAAACAAUGAUCACUAUACAUGUAAAUAACAUAGUCAUAUUUGUGCUGCAUUCUCCUAAUGUGAAAUAAAAACUGCAGUAACUUGCAAGACUGCC